CAUCAUGCUGGGUCUGCAGAAAUUUCUGUUUGUCCAUGUUCUGGCAUGCCUCGGACGACUUGCACAUGGAAGUGAUAUCAUAAAUGGUGAAAAAGCCCCAGAGAACUCCUCGCACUACAUGGCCUCUGUGCAGAACAAAAAGGGUCAACAUGUUUGUGGAGGAUUUCUCAUCACUGAGGACUUUGUAGUCUCGGCUGCACACUGUGAUGAAUACAACCCCACAGACGUUGUUCUCGGCAACCACAAUCUCAAGAAUGACAAUCAUCAAAAAAUAAAGAUUAAAAACAAAAACAUUCGUGAAAAUUAUCAAAACAUUGGACAGGGUAAUGACAUCAUGCUCCUUGAACUGCUUUACAAAGUUCAGCUAAAUGAAAGGGUACAAACAAUUCAGCUUCCACCUGCUGAAAUACACCUUGAAGAAAACCAAGUGUGUCAGGUGGCUGGAUGGGGAAAAACUAAAACUCGUGGUAAAUCUGUUGAUGAGCUGAGGGUGGUGGACGUGUCUGUCAUUAACCAAAGGGUCUGUGAGGAACAAUGGCCUGGUCUUCCUGCCAAUGUUAUCUGUGCAGGUGGAUACAAAACAACCAAAGGAUUCUGUCAGGGAGAUUCUGGUGGUCCUCUGCUGUGCGACGGGUUGGCUGUUGGCGUUGUUUCUUUCAACUAUAAAGAAAACUGCAGUUACCCCAAUAAACCCAACAUCUAUACAGACAUCUCAAAAUACCGUCAGUGGAUUGACGGGAUUGUGAAAUCCAGAAAAUAUGAGGAGUAAAAACUUCACUGACAGUUUGGCUUGUAUAUUAUUGAAAUGUCAGGAUUUCUGAUUCUCUGUUAGCAUAACCAAAAAUGAAAAUAAAAAUA